GAAGAAGACGGACUGCACGAAAACGAGAAGAGAUCAUUUAAAAACAGAAGAAAUGAGGGAUAAAAGGCAAUUUAGGUUGUAAUGGAUCGCUUUGACAGACCUAUUAAAAGGCCGGAGUUGAGAGGCACAGACGCGGAGAGCUCAGUGCCUUGGGCGCGUUUCUCCGCCUGGCUCGAGUGUGUGUGUGUCGUUACCUUCGACUUAGAGCUUGGACAAGCCAUAGAGUUGAUCUACCCACAUGAUGCCAAACUUACAGAGAAGGAGAAAACAAGUAUAUGCUACUUAUCAUUUCCUGACUCAUUUUCAGGGUGCCUUGGGGACACACAGUUCUGUUUUAGGCUGCGCCAUUCUGUGGGACGAGUGAGCGGUGUACAGUUUGGAGAGAAAGAUGCAUACAACAGGGAGGCACCACUAAUACUGCAGAAGGAGAUGGCUCACUUUUACGGCUAUGUGUACUUUAGACAAGUAAAAGAUGUCUCUGUCAAAAGGGGCUACUUUCAGAAGUCUCUGGUGCUGGUUUCCAGAUUGCCGUAUGUUCACUUGUUUCAGUAUCUUCUCCAGAUCAUUGCCCCUAAAUACUUUGAGAAGUCAGAGCCUUGUUUGGAGGCAGUUUGCAAUGAGAUUGACCAGUGGCCGCCACCUAUGCCAAGCCAGACACUUAAUUUGCCAGUGAUGGGAGUCAUAUUGCAGGUUAGAAUUCCUUCAAAAGAUGACAAACCAGGAGGAAGUCCUAGCAAACAGAAACAGAAAGAGAAACAACUCUCUUUUCCCAUGGUUCUCCCUACCAUCAAUGAGCUGGAUCUUUUUAAGUGUUUCCAGUCUGUCCUCAUUCACAUACAGCUGCUGUGGGAGUUGAUGUUGCUAGGAGAGCCAUUAGUUGUCAUGGCACCUUCCCCAACUGUGUCCUCAGAGACAGUGCUGGCUCUUGUAAGCUGCAUCAGUCCACUGAAAUACUGCUGUGAUUUUCGGCCUUACUUUACCAUCCAUGACAGCGAGUUUAAGGAGUACAGUACCAGACGUCAGUCACCGCCUAAUGUAUUACUGGGUGUUACGAAUCCUUUCUUUAUAAAGACGUUUCAGAGCUGGCCUCACAUCAUGUGUCUGGGGGAGCAGAAGGUGUCUAGAGACUUGCUCAAACAAGUAAAGGUCAAGAAAUUGACCAAAUUGAAAAUGCUGGACACAAAACCAGGUAUAUACACAGAAUAUAAAACAUUUCUUCAUAAAGACAAAGCCCUAAUCAAGCGACUCUUAAAGGGAGUUCAGAGGAAAAAGCCUUCUGAGGUACAGAGCACCAUCUUGAGGUGGCAUUUGUUAGAACUGACACAGAGCUUUAUGGUUCCACUGGAGCAAUAUCUGGCCAGCUUGAUGCCACUUCAAAUAUCCAUGACUCCUUGGAAGACUCCUCCUCAGAUCCGACCCUUCAGUCAGGCUGAGUUUGUGGCCUCUCUGGAACAUGCUGGGCCUCAAACCACCUCCAUUCGCAAAGGAGACUGGCUGGGCCUUUAUAAGUAAUACACUGUAAUAUUUAACUGUUUAUGGUUUCUCUGGCGGUGAUUGUACUGGUAACUAGAUAUUUAUCUGUGUGUUUUUAAGGCAAUCCUCUUAGUCUUCUAAUUUUGAUGGGUGGUUUCGUGCUAAGCACAGGGAAAUGUCAAAUAAGAUGGAUUGCCUUCAUUUACAGGCCAUCUGUAAUGCCGAUCUGCUGAGUUGGAUAAAAGACAAGUCCGAGGUGGAGAUUGUUGACCUAAUUUUAAAACUGCGUGAGAAGUUGGCUAGAGCUCGUACGCACCAGCUUCCUGUGAAGGAGGGGGAUGGUUCUCCACUGGAUGCCCAGUCUCUUUCUUAGUGUUGAAUCAUGAACACUGAUCUUAAGUGAGGCCUGUUACUUUGUUUCUCAUCUGUUCUUGAAUUUCUUUAGAUCAUGGAUGUUUUGCUUUUUUUAACAUGAUUAAUCAUGAUUUAACAGGGGCGAGAUUACUUCUUCAUAUGUUUGUACAGCAUCUUUUCUUUUGAUAAAUGAAAUCAUUAUUUAAACACAUUUUGUAUUUGCUCGGGUCAUCCUCAUGUAAUAUUAAAAGUUAUAAAAGUUAGUUUUAUGAUCUCCAUCAUUUAGGUGUGAUAGUAUGCUUCUGACAUUGUAAAAACAGUUUGGAAAGUAUUUAUAUAUGAGUGUGAUGGACAGGU